UUGAAUGCACCAGUAGACACGUGUACCGGGAAGUAGGAAGUAAAUACAGAGAAGCAGAGGUUCCACUUGACCAAGUCUGCACCAUGAUUGAAGGCUACAGCCCUUUUACACAGGCCCUGCUUGGAACUCUGUUCACCUGGGGUCUGACUGCUGCUGGAGCAGCCCUAGUGUUUGUCUUCUCCAGUCGACAGAAGCGAAUCUUGGAUGGAAGUUUGGGCUUUGCAGCUGGGGUGAUGCUUGCUGCUUCCUAUUGGUCAUUGCUUGCACCAGCAAUUGAAAUGGCAGAAGAGUCUGGGAAAUACGGCUCGUUUGCUUUCAUGCCAGUGGCUGGGGAUUCACACUUGGAGCGGCCUUCGUCUACUUCGCUGAUCUGGCUAUGCCCCUGCUG